CUGUAGCACCAACAACUGUAGCAGCAACAACUGUAGCACCAACAACAGCAGCACCAACACACCAAUGGUGGUGGUCUACAGCAGCACCAAGAACUGUAGCACCAACACACCAAUGGUGGUGGUUUACUGCAGCACCAACAACAGCAGCACCAACAACUGUAGCACCAACACACCAAUGGUGGUGGUCUACAGCAGCACCAAGAACUGUAGCACCAACACACCAAUGGUGGUGGUUUACUGCAGCACCAACAACAGCAGCACCAACAACUGUAGCACCAACACACCAAUGGUGGUGGUCUACAGCAGCACCAAGAACUGUAGCACCAACACACCAAUGGUGGUGGUUUAAUGCAGCACCAACAACUGUAGCACCAACAACUGUAGCACCAACAACUGCAGCACCACCAUCAGCAGCACUACCCCUGCAUGCCUCCAGUCCUCCUCUCAGUAAACUACCUUUGCAAUUCUCCUUACUUGUGGACCCACCUGCUCCCUCAUGUCAGGAGGGACUCUACUUGCCAAAGUUUGUGCACCCAACACCUGAAAAUGGAGUCAGCAUCCAAGCAGAGGUCAACAAAGAAGUGGAGAUCAGAGUCAAAGCACAAGCUACAUACGCAACGAUUCAUGAUAUCAUCAUCAGUGGGCCACUGAAUAUCACCAAGCACAGGACCACACAUGGGGAGUUUGUGAUUAGGUGGACGCCUGUCCAAAAUGACCUGGGAGAUCAUUACCCCAUCUGCUUUGCAGUUGAAUCAGUGACCGGGUCCGCUGUAAGCACCCCUCAACCCAUACACUCUUACACUCAUUACCACCCCACUCCAUCUUCACAGUCUGGCAUCUAUCAGUCCGAGAUGAGGUGUGUUCUGGUGGGCAUCGGUCAUACCAUCGUUAAAUCCCAUGUGAUCUGCAGUGAGUCCACAAUGACAGUAGAGGUUACAAAAUCUACUUUCCCUGGACUCCAUGAGGAUCAUUUGCGACUCAAUGACCCCAGCAACACGGCCUGCAGCCUGCAGAGACACUCCAACAGCACUCACAUCAUCGCCGUCGUCCCCCUCAACGCUUGUGGCACUUUGAUCGAGGAAGAUGAUGAAAACCUCGUUUUUAAAAAUGAAAUCACCACGGUGGACAACGUACAUGACCUGAUCACCAGGAACCACCUGCUGGAGGUGCAGUUCUACUGCCAGUACCCCAAACAUGGAAACGUGACACUGGGCUUCACAGCACACAGGAGGAUGGUCACAGUGUGGGACAAAGGCUUCGGCACGUUCACCUACCAGUUUGAGUUCUUUCCGAACAAUCAAUUCCGCACCAUGAUUGAUCCAAAUACAUACCCUCUGGAGUAUGACGUGAGGGACAGGAUCUACAUGCAGAUAGAGGCCACGUCUACAGUCAACAACACCGAGCUGUUUGUGGAGUCCUGCAGCGCUGCACCUUAUGACACCCCAAACUACUGGCCAACCUACUCCAUCAUUGAAAAUGGGUGUUUAGUAGACCAGACUGUUGAAGUGCAUCCCACCUCCAACCCGAGAGAAUUCAGAUUCAGCAUGGAGGCCUUCAAGUUCAUCGGCUUGAAUGACCAGGUGUACAUCAGCUGUUCAGUCCUGAUGUGUGAGGCAGGGAGCCACGGCACCAGGUGCUCGCAGGGAUGCAUCAACACUCCCUCAUUGCCAACCGGUCAUCACCACCACCGAAAGAGAGAGGCUCACGCUCAGAGUUCAAGGCACUUUGUUUCCCAGGGUCCCCUGCGUUUAAAGAGAUCAGCAGAAAGCACCGGGAGCGCAGCGGUCAACCUGAAUCUGAACCUGGUAUUCAUCGCUGGAUGUCUUCUUGCAGCUGUCGGCAUGAUCAGUGCAGUGGUUCUGUACAAAGUCAGAAUGUCAAAGGUGAAAUACCAACCGUUACCCACAGAUGAACGUUAAGAAAGCGGCAUGUGCAGAAUACAAUUUUAGUAUUAACGACAUUUAACAACAAGCUUUUUUAAAUUGGUUUUGCUAUCAGAUAUUGGGUGUUCAUGUUUCUUAUGUGCAAAUUUAAAUAAAACAUUUAAUUUCAACACUUUUAGAAAUACUCUGUACCUGUGCAAAUAGGAAGUUUUAUAUGAAUCAACACUGAGGAUGUUCAAGCACUGCAGCUGCUGAUUGUUUACUUGUGAAGUUUACUGUUUACCCCGAGAUCCCAUGUGCCUUUACAGAUGCUUCUGCUAUUAUGUAUUGCAUGACAAAAGGAUUGACCUAACUGAUGAUACACGUGCUUAAU